GCGGCCCGGCGUGGGCGGGGCGCUUGCAGGUCCCUCCCUGCGCAGGUGCUCGCCCCGCCCCCAGGGCCGCGCCCACAGCCCCGGCUGCCCUGGAGAAGCCUGGAUUGAGAACCCUGUCUGCAGUGUCCCGGCAGUGCCGAACUCGGGUAGCCGCCCGUCCCGCCCCCGCGCCGCCGCCUUAUAUGUUGCCUGCCGCGGCCUCUGGGGCAUGGAGCACGCUGCCCAGCCCCGGCGAUGGCGACGGCGGUGGCGGAGGAGCGCCUGCUGGCCGAGGAGCGCAUGCUGGCCGCGCUCGCCUACCUGCAGUGCGCCGUGGGCUGCGCGGUCUUAGCGCGGAAUCGUGAGACGAACUUGGCGUACGGCCGCCACGCGUCGCCCAGCUUUAGGGUCCGAGUGCCGGCGCGGGCCGCCUGGGUGGUACAGGAGCUGCCCUCGCUGGCUCUGCCGCUCUACCAGUACGCCAGCGAGUCCGCCCCGCGCCUCCGCAGCGCGCCCAACUGCAUCCUCCUGGCCAUGUUCCUCGUCCACUACGGGCAUCGGUGCUUAAUUUACCCAUUUCUGAUGCGAGGAGGAAAGCCUAUGCCACUGUUGGCGUGUACAAUGGCGAUUAUGUUCUGUACCUUUAACGGCUAUUUGCAAAGCAGAUACUUGAGCCAUUGGGCAGUGUAUGCUGAUGACUGGGUAACAGAUCCCCGUUUUCUAAUAGGUUUUGGCUUGUGGUUAACGGGUAUGUUGAUAAACAUCCAUUCAGAUCAUAUCCUAAGGAAUCUCAGAAAACCAGGAGACACUGGAUACAAAAUACCAAGGGGAGGCUUAUUUGAAUACGUAACUGCAGCCAACUAUUUUGGAGAAAUCGUGGAGUGGUGUGGCUAUGCCCUGGCCAGCUGGUCUGUCCAAGGCGUGGCUUUUGCUUUCUUCACAUUUUGUUUUUUAUCUGGUAGAGCAAAAGAGCAUCAUCAGCUCUCCUGCUGUCAUGCACUCUGCCCUUGACUUUUCGGGCCAGGGUGCCCGUCUUCCACGGGCAGUUUCUGGGAGAGAGGAGCUCACCCGCUAUGACCCUGUGCGGCAUCCAGUGCCACUGGCCCGUGGGGAAGCUCUUCGGCACUUGCAAGGGGUGGAUGGCCUGGAUCCCAGCAGGCCUGUGAAAACCUUCAGCCUCUAACCAGUGAACAUGUUUGCAGUCCACUUCUACAGGCUUCACACCAGCGGUGAAAACCUUCAGCCUCUAACCAGCGAACAUGUUUGCAGUGCACUUCCACAGGCUUCACACCAGCUGUGAAAACCUUCAGCCUCUAACCAGCGAACAUGUUUGCAGUGCACUUCCACAGGUUUCACACCAGCGGUGAAAACCUUCAGCCUCUAACCAGCGAACAUGUUUGCAAUCCACUUCCACAGGCUUCACACCAGCGGUGAAAACCUUCAGCCUCUAACCAGCGAACAUGUACAUGUUUGCAAUCCACUUCUACAGGCUUCACACCAGCGGUGAAAACCUUCAGCCUCUAACCAGCGAACAUGUACAUGUUUGCAGUCCACUUCCACAGGCUUCACACCAGCUGUGAAAACCUUCAGCCUCUAACCAGCGAACAUAUUUGCAGUCCACUUUCACAGGUUUCACACCAGCUGUUGGGCUUGGCCAUGUUGUGUGUUGGGCACUUGGGUCCAUAUGCCACCACUGAGCCGCAUAGCUGGAAAGGCUGCAGUCUCAAGGCCUCAUGCCAGGGGAAGUGAUACUUGACCCGGAAGUCCUGACCAACUUCUUAGAAUUGUUCUUAUUACAUGCCUUUUUGGGGACACAGAAUAUAAAAAAGUAAACGUGGCCGCCCAGUAUGUUCAAAUUCUCUAUUUGUGGAUUCCGGUGUUAAACUUAGCUAAGACCAGCAGGGUUUUGCCAGCUGCCUCUCAGUUUCUCAUUCUCAUAUGUUUCUACCACAUGAACAGUGAGCUAAUUGCUUUCUCUUAUGAUUUUUAGUCUGUUAAUCUUUGCGUGUUUAUAGAAACUCCCUUUUAUGACUAUUUCUCCAUCUUGUCAAAUUAUUUCUAAUUUUUACUCCAUCCACUUAGUUGCCACCUUUCCCAACUGGCUAUUACCCCCAAAACAAAUGAGCAUGCCUUUGUUGAUACAAUUUAUAUCAAAACUGAAAAUACUGUUUGUUUUGAGCACAAGGCUGAAUUGUGGACAACGCCGUACUACAUUUUCCCAGAUUUCACUGAAUCCUUACUAAGAGCUGUUCCUGAGCCUCCUGGUACACAGCUGGGUGCCCACUCUAUACACCCUGGGCUAGGCCAGUAGUUCUCGACUGCAGACUGGAGAAAACUCUUAAGAGUCUACCAGCAGCGAUUCAGAAGCACCUACUUGGUCCUGCCCCUCCUCCAGCCUGCAUGCUUUCCCCAGGGACUGAAAAGACAGCUCCACAAUGUGCUGUUCAGUAUUUUCAUCAAAUGUCAGUAAUUUUCCUUCCAGAUAGAAAGCUGAAUUCUAUGGGCUACUUCUUCUGAAUCACACUUUAUGAUUAGAUAUAUUUAAUUCUUCAUAAUAUAGGCAAAAUUAAACUAUAAGUAUGAAAUGCCAAAGUUUUUGUUACUACAUUUAAAAACUGAGUAGUCUUUUGUCAUGAAAAAUAUCGUCACUUUUGUUAGCAUCUGUUAAAUGUCUAAGUGACAGAAUUAUUCCCUUUUUAAAUUUUUUUUUCUUAUUUUUAGGUGGUACCUCCAGAAAUUUGAAGAGUAUCCAAAGUUCAGAAAAAUUCUAAUUCCAUUUUUGUUUUAAGUGCAUUUUCAACGAAAUUAUCUUCAACUUGAAGCUUUCCAAUGGUGUUUCUCUAGGGACUUUGUAAAUAAGUUAUAUCUUUGUAAUUUUCCUGCUACUUCAUCAUUUUCAAGAUGUCCUCUAGAAAUAUUUUUUCUAGUAAUUUUGCAAGCUACCUAAUAAGUACUUAAAUAAACUGAAAUGGAGGUUGAAGUAUCCUACUGUGUAACAGAUCAGAAUUUCAAACUCCAGGUCAUAACUGCUGACAUUUGUUCUAAUUUCGAAUUUACCUCUUUUGGCUAUGUCUUGCCAAGUGUGUCUAAGACUAGAGUUUACAACUGUCUUUGAUGGCAUUUUCAGAACAAUAAAUGUCACAAUCCCUUCUAUAGCCCCUACAGUGAUCCCUUCAAAGUCAACAGCAGUGUUGCUUUCCUCCCCCUGUAGGGCUGGGAUAUGUCUUGGAGCCCUCCCUCGGAGGCCACAGAGGCCGGGGGUAGCCAUUGUGCAGUCAUGGCCCAGGGGAAACUUGCCAACCUUCGUUGUCAGGUGCUGUGUGUAAGUGGAGAACUUGGGGAUAGAGGAGGAAGCUCCUCGUGGCCCUUCCAAGGCGGGGCAAAGGCAUCUGGACUUGUUCCAGCCCAGCCCCCCAGGUGACAUCACCAGGCAGGGAGGGGUGCUGGUGGUGGUUUAGAUGGAAUAAGUUGCUUUGCCUGUGCAAGUGGCUCCUGGGCCCUAAACAGGCACCUUUAGGCCAUGGGUCACUCACCAUGAGCCAUCAAUAUGCUCUGGUCUGACAUGGUUUCUCUUUGUCCUCUAGUCUAGACCUAGUUUUUUGUUCUGUUCUCCAUGUAUGGAUAUAGUAGUGAUUAUUGUCUGUGAAAUUUCUCCUUUGUGGAUUUUGAGUUUUCCAUUGUAGUGUAAAGAAUGAUUACCUUCUGUAACAAUAAUAAGACCACUUUUUAAGAUUUAUCCUGUUCUUUGUCGAUUGAAACAUAAUAAUUAUAUUGUUAAGAUUCUCUACAGCCUUAUUUUUCUUCCAUAGCUAAUCUUCUAAUAGUUUUUUGCUUUCUGUUUUGCUGUUGCUGCUUUGCAAAGCUUUUCCCUCAUAGCCUGUACCUGUUAUCAGUAUAAAAUAAUCUUCCUGUUGAAUGCUUCAUGACUUGAAUUCUACUUUGAUAAAAACAUUGCCAUACUGCUUUUUAUCUUGAUGAAUUCAUCUGGCAUUUCUUUGCUUUAUCGUCUCAUCUGGAGUUUUUAAAUGCCAUUUGUUUUAGUUGUCUUUAACAACAUAAUAAAUAGACUUUGCCAUUUAA